AUGCAGAGGAGACUAGCUCAAGAGACUGAAGAGAGUGUGGAGGAACGAAGAUUGAGGGAGAUGCAUGCUUAUGUUCUUGAGAAUUUAGAGGAAGAGAGGCAAAGAGAUAUUCAGAGGCAGAGGAGGGAGGCUAUGCUGAGACUUGAACAGAUCAAAGCCACUGUUGUAGUAGAUGAAGGGAUUCGAACCAGAGUACUGAUGGGAGAAAUCGGAUUUAGAGAACCCAUCGGGUGGCAGAGAGCAGAGGUUCAAGAAAAUCUGCAGAAACAGAGAUUGAAGAAUAUUGAGGAACAGAGAAAGAGAGACAUUGAAAAUAAAGAGAGAGAAGCUGAAGAAGAGAGACGUAAAGGUAUUGAAAGACGGAGGAGUGACUCUCGUAAGAGACUUGCGCAGGUGAUGAAACCUACAGUUGAAUUCGAUGAAGCUAUUCGAACCAGAGAGGCAUUACUUGAGCUCGGGAUUAAGAGAAAAGAGGGUGAUGGGUUUUGA